GAAGCGCGCGCCUGGCGGGGCUGGGACGACAGGUGAACGCGCGGGGGCCGGCGCGCUACAGCGAUGCGCGCGGGCGCUCCGGGGUAGCACCCGACCCGGCCUGCGCGCCCCCGGCCCGCGCGCCCCCGGCCCGCAGCGAUGUGGCGGCUGCGCCUGCUGGUCCUGGCGGUGCUGGCGGCGGGCAGCGCCGAGGCCCAGGCGAACUCCAGCGACGGUUUCCUCGAGUUUUCUGUGGGAAAAUUUACGUACUUUGCACUCAGCAGGUCCUUUCCGCAGGAGGCCGUUCUGCGCCAUAUUUCAAGCAAUGUGACCUUUCUUCUUUUCCAAAUACACUCACAGUAUCAGAACACAACCGUUUCAUUUACUAAGACUCUCCUUCCCAGCACCUCGGGAACAGGCAACGACAGAGGGCUGGUUUUCAUACUUAGACCCGAGCAGACUACGCGCACUUGGUACCUGGAGACGAAAGAUGCCAAGCCUGUUCAAAGUGUGGCCGUCACGCUUUCCUACUCAGAACAAGAUCCCAUUCCUGGAGGCUGCAAUUUGGAGUUUGAUUUAGAUAUUGAUCCCAACAUUUAUUUGGACUAUAACUUUUUUGAAACAACCAUCAAGUUUGCACCAGCAAACAUAGGCUAUGCAAGAGCUGCAGAGCCCCCACCGUGUGACGUGAGCACAGGCCAGGAGUCCAGGUGGAGGCUGCGCUAUGAUGUGUACCAAUACUUUCUGCCCGAGGACGACCUCACUGAGGCCUCGCUUCUCCGUCAUCUUCAGAGGAUGGCCCAGGUGGCCCAGGUGAAGGCCAGUGCCGUCAAAGUGGUUACCCUGACAGCUGAUGAUAAGACAGUCGUGUCCUUCUCUUCCCUCCCGGGACAAGGAGUCAUCUAUAAUGUCAUUGUUUGGGAUCCGUCCCUCAAUACAUCUGCAGCUUACGUUCCCGCGCACACAUAUGCCUGCAGCUUUGAGUCAGUGGGUGGUAACUGUGUUUCUUCUGGAAGAGUAUCUACGAAAGUGUUCUCCACUUUGUUUGCCAUGCUUGGCCUCUUCAUUUGUUUCUUUGGACACAGAUUCUGGAAAACAGAAUUAUUCUUUAUUGGUUUCAUCUUCCUGGGGUUCUUCUUCUACAUCCUGAUCACCAGACUGACACUCCUUAAGUACGACGUCCGCCUGGUCCUCACCGCUGUAGCUGGCAGCUUCGGUGGACUCCUCCUGGUGGCCUCCUGGUGGCGAUUCGGGAUCCUCACCCUCUGCAUGCUGUGUGUGGGACUCGUGCUGGGCUUCCUUGUCUCCUCUGGGACUUUCUUCACUCCUCUGGGAACCCUGAAUGUUUUUCAUGAUGAUGGGGUGUUCUGGGUGACAUUCUCCUGCAUAGCUCUGCUUGUUCCAGUCAUCUUCAUGGGCUGCCCACGAAUACUGAACAUCCUGGCUUGCGGAGUCGUGGGCUCCUACUCCGUGGUGUUGGCUGUUAGCAGUUACAUGUUCACAAGCCUUUCCUACAUCACCCUGAACGUCCUCAGGAGAGCUCUCAACGUAGAUUUCCGAGGGGUUUUCAUCAGAGUGCCCUUCCAGACCAACGACUACAUCAUCCUGGCUGUGUGGGGGAUGCUGGCUGUCAGUGGAAUUACACUUCAGAUUCGAAGAGAAAGGGGACAGCCGCCUUUCCCGCCCCAUCCCUACAAGCUGUGGAAGCAAGAGAGAGAUCGCAGAGUGACCAACAUUCUGGACCCCAGCCAUCACAUCCCUCCCCUGAGAGAGAGGCUUCAUGGCCGGGUCGCCUGGAUCAAAGAGCUCUUCCACAAGGAACAACCGGCUGGAGAGCGGACACCCCUGCUUCUGUAGACAGCUGCGGGUCAGUGUGCUUGCCCUGGAGCUGUCCCAGGGCCAGUGUGGGGUCAGCUGGGGUGGGCGAUAGGGUGACGCCCCAUUGAAGUACAGCAGUGGAGUUAGAGAAUUCUAAGUGAUAAGGUUAGAAAAAUCACCAAAAAGAUGGUUGUAGAUGUUUUUCCUCAUUUUCCACAAUCUUGAGACGUUACAUUUUGGUUUAUAAAUAGAUGAUUGAUGUCUUUUAUAAAAUACACAAAAAAUAAAAAUGUCUCCUUAAAAUCUUGGUGUUUUGUUCUUGUAGCUUCUUAGACAGUUACAACUCAGUCUGAACCUGUGGAGGGAAGGCAGGCAGUAGGUAUUUAUUUGCUUUGUGUGUAGUUUAGGGAUUUGAUUCUGGGCCCUUGAAUGUCAAGACUAAGAGAAAAGUAACCUCCCUUUUUCCUUAAAAGCAGUCUGAUUAUUUGGCUCCAUCUCAUAUUAAAAUCAGGAACCCUUUUCAUUUUUUUCAAUAUUCAAAUGAUUUAUUUUAAAAACUGUGACAAACUAUCCUAAAGUGUAUCAAUGUAGAUUUCCUGUUGUUUUGCCAGUUAGUGCUUGAAGUGGUGAAUUAAAUAAGUUAUUUCUGUAAUCUAAAAUAGCUCAGUGUAUUACAGAUAAUAUAACUUUUAUAUGAAUAAGUUAUUUAUAGCCCAUUUUUGUUUUGGCCUAUUUUUGUUUUGGGGCCAUUUAAAGCAGUGUUGGCUGCUGACCCUUCUUUCUUAGGUUGCAUUAGUUGGUGACUGGACUGUAUUUUGUCAGAGAGAAGUCAAUGAGACCUUCUUCCUAGCACCCUGUGAAGUUGUGUUAAGGAUUGCUCUGCAUAAUCAGAGCUCUUGUACUCCAAAGCUCAGAGGGAUCACUCAGCCAAGCUGCUUCAAGGCCGCCACACUCUUUUGACUCCUCUGAACAUCAGGCUGUGGGUUGUGAUCUGGCGUCCCUGAUGUAUGUGACGCACAGUGCACUGGUGUAUCAGUGGUGUGCUCCCUUAGAGUUACCACUACUUAACCUUUGAUGUUGCCUCUUAGUCUCCUCACAGCAUGACUAGCCUUGCCAUUUCAGGGAGUGGGUGGAGUCUUCAGUUCUGGCUUUGAAAAAAGGUUUUCAAGUUAAAAAGUAAUGAAACAUUGUAAAAUGAACCCCUUUUGGUUCAUUUCUGAAAAUUCUUGUUCUGUUAUUACUUCAGCAAUAAUUUCUUUUUUAAAAAAAUUGCUAUAGGGUUUCUGGCUUCUAUCACAUGCAUGUAUUUUAGUUGUGCAGAUUGUUGGAGAACUAUUCUCUGUACUGUCAGAACACACUGCCCAUCAGAGCUAUAAAAGGCAGAAGGUGCUUUGGGAGAUACACAAUUUUUGUAAAUUUUCAUAAUUUUUAAUAAUACCAUUUGUAUACUUUUUGUAAUAAAUAUCUACUUUGAGAAAAUGUUUAUGUGCUGCUUAUUAGGAUGUCUCCAGGAGUUUAUACCAGUCAUGUUUGUACUUAUAUAAAGUUAAAUUGGAAAAUAGUUGUUUUAAAAACUUCACUUAAGGAUAACAGGAAGUGAAGGGAAUCCAGGGUGAUAUGUUAUGGUUUAUGUAUAUUUAAGUGUAUUUACUUAUUUUUUUCAUUUAUUGACUUUACAUCCCAGUAUCAGCCCCCUUUCCUCCCAUCCCCCCCCCCCCCAGUCUUCUCCUCAGAGAAGGGGAGGUCUGCUGGCUAUCACUCCAUCCUGUGACAUCGAGUUACUGCAGGACUAGGCACAUCAAGGCCAGACAAGGCAGCCCAGUUGGUGGAAUAGGAUCCGCAGGCAGGCGACAGUCAGGAUCAGUCUUCCUCCGGUUGUUAGAGGACCACACGGAGACAGAGCUGCACAUCUGCCCCUAUGUACAGAGGACCUAGGGCCAGCCCCAUGCUUGCUUGCUCUUUGGGGGUGGUUCGUCUCUGGGAGCCCCCAAGGGUCCAGGUCAGUUGACUCUGUUGGUCUUUCUGUGGAGUCUGUCUUCUUUGGGUCCCUCAAUCCUCUCCUGACUCUUCCACAAGACUCCCCAUGCUCCAUCCAACCAUCUAAUGUUUGUCUCAGCAUGUUUCCACUGGCUGCUGGGUGGAGCCUCUCAGAGGACACUUAUGCUAGGCUCCUGUCUGCAAGCACAGCAGAGUAUUGUUAAUAGUGCCAGGGUUUAGUUCUUGCCUGUGGGAUGAGUCUCAAGUUAGGCCAUUGGUGGGCCAUUCCCUCAGUUUCUGCUCCAUCUUUGUCUGUCCACAUCUUGUAGGAAGGACAAGUUUUGGGUUAAAGUUUUGUGUGUGGGUUGUUGGGAGACCUGUUGGAGGUAGCCAAUUCAGGUUCCAUAUCCCCCACUGCUAGAAGUCUUAGCUCAUCACCCACAUAGACUCUUCAGUACGUUCUGGAGAUGCCCUGCCCUGCCCACCACCAAUUUCUGUUCUCUUCUUUGCUCUUCCUACAUCUGAUUCCCCUCCAGUCCCCUCCCCAUCCCCUUACCACCCAGUUCCCUCCUUCCAUCCACUUGCAAUAUCUAAUCUCCCCUAAUACAGAACUAAAUAUAAUUCUUUUUCUUUAAAUAACUAAAGUAUUAUUUAAGAUUUAAAUAUUUUUAAAAAAAUUUUUUUUGGAUUUUUUUUUUUCUAAGACAGACUUUCUCUGUGUAGCCCUGGCUGUCCUGGAAUUCACUCUGUAGACCAGGCUGGCCUCGAACUCAGAAAUUUGCUUGCUUCUGACUCCCAGAAUGCUGGGAUUACAGGUGUGUGCCACCACCACCUGGUGUUUAAUUUAAUAAUAUUUUAUUUUUUAUUGGAUAUACUAUUUAUUUACAUUUUAAAUGUUCCCUUUCCACUUUCCCCCACUCCCAGAAAGCUCCCAUCCCAUCCUCCUUCCCCCUGCUUCUGUGAGGGAGUUCCUCCACCCACCCCACUCCCACCUCUCUGCCCUCAAAUCUCCUACACUGGGGCAUAUCUAUCAAGCGUUCAUAGGACCAAGGACCUCGCCUCUCAUUGAUGCCUGACAAAGAAAUUCUCUGUUACAUAUGCAGCUGGAACCAUGUGUACCCCUUGGUUGAUGUCUUAGUCCCUGGGAGCUCUGCGGGGGAGGGGGGGUCUGGUUGGUUAAUAUUGUUGUUCUUCCUAUAAGGUUGCAAACCCCUUCAGCUCCGUUAGUCCUUUCUCUAACUCCCCCAUUGGGGACCCCAAGCUCAGUCCAAUGGUUGGCUGUGAGCAUCUGCCUCUGUAUUUGUAAGGCUCUGGCAGGGCCUCUCAGGAGACAGCCGUAUCCAGUUCCUUUGUGCAAGCAUUUCUUGGCAUCCACAAUAGUGUUGGGGUUUGGUGACUGUAUAUGGGAUAAAUCCCCAGGUGGGAGAGUCUCUGGAUGGCCUUUCCUUCAGUCUCUGCUCUAUACUUUACAUAUUUGCUCCUGUAUUUUGUUCCCCCUCUCAGAAGAACCAAAGCACCCACAUUUUGGUCUUCCUUCUUCUUGAGCUUCAUGUGAUCUGUGAAUUCUAUCUUGGGUAUUCAGAGCUUUUGGGUUAAUAUCCACUUAGUGAGUACAUACCAUGUGUGUUCUUUUGUGACUGGGUUACCUCACUCAGGAUAUUUUCCAGCUCCAUCCAUUUGCCUAAGAAUUUCAUGAAUUCAUUGUUUUUAAUAGCUGACUAGUACUCCAUUGUAUACAUACACCACAUUUUCUGUAUCCAUUCCUCUGUUGAAGGACAUCUGGAUUCUUUCCAGCUUCUGGCUAUUAUAAAUAAAGCAGCUAUGAACAUA